GUGGCGCAGCGAGCAUGUUGAGGGCCGGCGCCGCUGCCGACGGUGGACGGCGCGCGGUCUCCCCGCACCAAAAUCACCUCCACUGACCGACACCACAUGGCGUCGGCGCCCGCAAACGCAUCCUCCGCGAACGAGUCCAGCGGCGGCGGCGACGACGAAGGCCCGCCGUACGGGCCGGCGGCCAGCGUCGCCAUCGCCCUGGUGUUGCUGUGCGUCAUCGUCGGCACCAUCGUCGGCAACAUCCUGGUGUGCGUGGCCGUGUGUCUGGUUCGCAAACUCCGCAGGCCGUGCAACUACCUGCUCGUGUCGCUGGCCGUCUCCGACCUGUGCGUCGCCAUUCUAGUCAUGCCCGUCGCGUUGUUGUACGAGAUCCUGGGCCACUGGAGCUUCGGCCCGGUCAUCUGCGACCUCUGGGUGUCGUUUGACGUGCUCUCCUGCACGGCCAGCAUCCUCAACCUAUGCAUGAUCAGCGUAGACCGGUACUACGCCAUCACCAAACCGCUCGAGUACGGCGUCAAACGCACGCCCAAACGGAUGAUCGUGUGCGUGAGUCUGGUGUGGCUGGGCGCAGCGUGCAUCAGCCUGCCGCCGCUGCUCAUCCUGGGCAACGAGCACGGCAAGGACGGCAACGCGUGUUCCGUGUGCCAGAACUUUGGCUACCAGAUCUACGCCACGCUCGGUUCCUUCUACAUCCCUUUGACCGUCAUGAUCGUGGUUUAUCACAAAAUCUUCCAGGCGGCCAGGAAGAUCGUGUUGGAAGAGCGCAGGGCCCAGUCGCACCUGAGACUGACCCACGCCGAAGAUCCGGCCCCUCCGGUCCUUUUGGUGAGCAACAAGAACGGCACCGAGACCAAACUGUGGCCUGAGAAGUCGGGCCAGGCCCAACCAGUCAUGUCGAAGUCGCGGCUGCGGUUCACGCUGGCCAAGGAGCGCAAGGCCAGCACCACCCUGGGCAUCAUCAUGAGCGCCUUCACCGUGUGCUGGCUGCCGUUCUUCGUGCUGGCGCUGGUGCGGCCGUUCCUGCCCAACCAGGACGGCAUUCCGAGCUCUCUGUCCAGCCUGUUCCUGUGGCUGGGCUACGCCAACAGCCUCCUCAACCCCAUCAUCUACGCGACGCUGAACAAAGACUUUCGCAAACCCUUCCAGCAGAUCCUCUACUUCCGCUGCAGCUCGCUCAACCUGAUGAUGCGCGAGGAGUUCUACCACUCGCAGUACGGCGACCCGACGGCCAACGUCACCGUCGGCGGCCACACCACGCGCCACCACGCCAACAACGACUACUACUGCCCCUCCGAGUCGCUGGCCGUCCGAGAGACGAGCGGCCACCAGCAGUCGCCCACCGAGGUCAACGGAGACAGCAACGGCGGCGCCGCCGCCGCCGCAGAGACCGCGACGGCGCCGCGCGACGACGAGUCCUUCCUCUAAUUCCACCAGUGUGCGAAUUUCAAAGACUGAUUAUCUUUAGUGUGCGCCCCGAGCAGCCGUGUGCGAGUGUCCAGACUAUCUUCGUUGGUGACAGUUCCGUGCGUCCGAUGGACACACGCGCCGGCAGCUCCGUCUCUCUCUUCUCUCACUCUUUCUCUCGUCGCAGAUUUGUGUUAAAUGUCGUUGGCCUCCCACUGGAAAUAGGUUUUGUAUAAUAUAAUUAUGUAUGUGUUAUGGAUGAAGAUGUUUACUGAGACGACGUGUUCCUUUUCCUAUCGCUGAACGUGCACCAACUACUGCAUCUAAAACAAAAUACACAGAUAUAAUCGCGAUUUCUCAAUAGUACGACGAAAAGGCUCCAGCUUGUCAUUCAAAGAGGCAACAAAUAAAUCAGGUAUUAUAAAACUAACUGAAAUUUUUAAGCUCAAAAUUAUCUCACAUUCACACUGAAAAUCUGAUUAAAUUUAAAAUUCUGUCAACAUUUCACACAGAUAAUUUACUCAAAAUCAGUUAAAUCUUAAAUUAUUAAGUUUUUAGAGGCGAGAUUUAGAUUGAAAUUAAAAUUUUAAAUAUAUUUAUUUAUUAUUUUUUCCCUUUAUACAGGCCAGAAUAACUACAAAUUUUAAUCCCAGAACAAAAAUAAACCCAUACUGUAAUAAUCGAUAAUUCGUUUCCUUUUUACUAAAAAGUUAAUCUCCAAGGUUUCGUUCCAAUUGAACAAAAUGUAUGCAGAGAAAAAUUCCAAUUCCGGCUCAUGUUGCCGUGAGUUUAUCUAUUGCUCCAGCUCGUUUGCAAUUUCACGCCGCGCGCUAGAUGAAAAGCUCGGUCGGCCCGCGCCUCAUAAUUAUUUUUUCCACCAGCCUCGCGGCUACGAUAGCAAAAGAGGAAAAACCUUGGCAGUUGUGAAACGCGGUUGUGCAUUUACUUUUGACUCGCGAGAUGCAAUUUCCCGUCCGUCCGUCUGCAGAGACGCGAUCACUUUCAAUUGGAUAAUCAUCUGAGGGAUGAUGAGCGCGGCCGUGAUGCAUUAGACGUGCAAUUACUCCCUUUUUCGGUGCGACGCGAAUGACCUAGUAAAACGGGGAUAGGCAACCGCGCGUCGGCAAUAAAUCAAUGCGCAGACCGGCAAAGAGAUUUUUCUCUCUCGAUUUGAUCCGAUGAAAAGAAACCGAUGUCGAGAUUUUCCUCAAUGAAAUCGUUCCUUUUUGCUGCCAUGAAGAAAACCUGUGGCACUCGGAGAAUAUUAAAAAUAUUUAUUAUAGGAGAUUGAUAGCUGAUUAAAUUGAAUUAUGAAAAAAAUCAGAAGACCACAGUUGAUAAUAAUUGCCAUUUAAUUUAUUUUAAAUUGGAAAUCUGCAUUUAAUUAAAAGUUUGGAGGAGGAAAUUUAAUUGUGGUUCCAUUAAUACGUCUCACAAAUUUUAGUUUUCAUUAUAUUUCACGUUCAUAAAAUUAUUUUUCAUCCAUAUUGUUUAAAUUUCAAAUUAUAUUUCAAAUUUCCUUAUAAUCAUCUUUUUUUAAACAUUUCAGUACCAAAAAUUUCAUUGAAAAAUACUAUGCUUUUUCAAAACAAACUUGUAAAUUCUUUCAUUGAAAUGAGAAGCGUUCUGUGUUUGCGGCUUCCUCUCAUAAAUAUUUUAAAAGUUUUCAACUCCCGGACGUGUCCAAUUUUAAAAACCCUUUGAAAAAGAUCUCAUUAAAAAAGUGGCGAAUCAUCAAAUAAUAAAAUUUUAAGUGCUGUUGAAAAUCGAAGUUAACUUUACAAACGUUUUCCAAAUUACGUGCCACAUGUGGCAACGAGAGUUAAAAAAUUUCCACGGCUACCGCAAAUGGAAUUAUAAUGACCGCUAGUUUCCAGAAACGUCCGGUCGUUGUGGGUCGCAGCUGCCGUGCGAGAUCAUUAUAAUGCACGGAAAAAUCACCUCGCGCCAUUGUACAUACGGCGGCGCGAAAAAUGAAACACAUUGCACAGAUUUUAUUCCUUUACGACCCAAUUUCAC